CGCUCAGGCUGCAUCCUCCCCUUUCCCACUUCUACCUUCACGCUCACCUCUUCACGCCUCACUCUCAGCCUCCUCUCACCGCCUUCCUCUUCCCGUCACCCACUAACACAUUUCAUCUCUCGCAUCUCCCCACCCCGUCUGUCCUCCCCCUCCCCACCUCUCCUGCCAUCUCUUCCCAUUCUUCCUUCUCCCACCCCCCCUUCUCCAAACCGGCUUAUCCCACACUCAACCUUUGCUGUCUUGCAGCAAACGCAUGGGCACUCACACUCAUGCUGAUUGGCACCCAAGGACAGAGCACCCUCUCUCCCAAACCGGCAGCCAGACGGCUUGAUCGCGUGGUCCGGCUUCUUGACACUGAGCUCAGCUGAGGAAGAGGAUACGGAAGAGGCCAUGGAGCACAGCCACAUCUUCCCCGUUUUCCCCCCGAACGGGAGCGCCUGGAGCGAGGGGCUGAAUCCCGCCGAGGUCGCCCGGGGGUGCCCCCUCGGACCGCUGCCCGUCAUCUACUACAGCGUCCUGCUCUGCCUCGGCCUGCCGGCUAACAUCCUGACUGUGGUUAUCCUGUCCCAGCUGGUGCUGCGUCGUCAGAAGUCCUCCUACAACUAUCUCCUGGCUCUGGCAGCCGCCGACAUCCUGGUCCUGCUCCUCAUCGUUUUCGUCGACUUCAUACUGGAGGAUUUCAUUUUGGCCACGCCGCUGCCGCCGUCGCUGAACAGCGCCGUGCAGGUCCUGGAGUUCUCCUCCAUCCACACCUCCAUCUGGAUCACCGUGCCGCUCACCGUCGACCGCUACAUCGCCGUCUGCCACCCUCUCCGCUACCACACCGUCUCCUACCCGGCCCGCACGCGCAGGGUGAUACUCGCCGUGUACGUCGGGUGCUUGCUCUCGGCGGCCCCGUAUUACUGGUGGCCCGAGCUGUGGCACAGUCUCCCCGGGAUGGGCGGCGGGGGAGGGGAGAACGACCGGCGAACGGCGGCCCAGCACAUCCUGGUGUGGGCCCACUGCGCCACCGUCUACCUCCUCCCCUGCACCGUCUUCUUCUCCCUCAACGCCGUCAUCGUGCGCAAGCUGCGCCGGCGCCGCAGCUGCUUCCGCCUGCGCGGCUACUCCACCGGCAAGACCACGGCCAUCCUCCUCGCCAUCACCUCCGUCUUCGCCGUCCUGUGGGCGCCGCGCACCCUCAUGAUCCUCUACCACUUCUACUCGCCGCCGCCGGCCUCGCAGAGCGCCGGCCGGCUGCUCCACGUGCUCACCGACCUGGCGAACAUGCUGGCGCUGCUCAACACCGGGGUCAACUUCUUCCUCUACUGCUUCAUCAGCAAGCGCUUCCGGGGCAUGGCGGCCAACGUGCUGAGGGCCCUGGUCCACUGCCGGAAGCAGCCGCCGCCGUUCUACGCCAGCCACAACUUCUCCAUCACGAGCAGCCCCUGGAUCUCGCCGGCCAACUCCCACUGCAUCAAGAUGUUGGUGUAUCAGUACGACAAAAACGGGAAGCCCAUUUGUAUCUCCUCUUGAGUCCUCCUCGGCCACCGGCAGCUGUCCCCCCGCCCUCAAUCGUCGGGGAGCGUAUUCAGCCUUUUUGUCUCCGCGGCGACCAGCUUUGCCCCCGUGCGGGACUCCUCGAGGCUUGGAAAUGUCAACACGCCCGGAGAACACAGAGGUCUAGCUAGCUUCGAGCGAUAACAAAAGUGGUCGGCUAGCAAGGCGGAAAAGCAAACAGCAGAUCAUGUUCACCACAGUGUUCACAAAGCAGCCACCAGCAUCUAAUAGGUAUUGAUUGUUUCCUCCGUGCAAAAAAAAAAAAAAAAUAUCCGCAUCUGCUGCGAGUGACUGACUGAUAAAGAGAUAUCACCACCAUCCACCCCCCCGAAUACAAGCAACCAUUUGCAAACGUAUGAACUGACAAAACAACAAGAUGAAUCCUUGGUGGAGCGAAUUUAGCAAAUUUAUAUCGGUUCGGUCUCGAGCGCUCGCUGCCAACGAGCUUUCGGACGGCAGCAUCUGUUGGGAGGAUUUUCCAGAAGGCUCAGAGUCUGGGCACUAAAACAUCUCACCUGAAGGGGUGAUUCACUCAGGCAGAGCCGAUGAGAAUGUCCCCGCCGUCCCGACCGUCUCUCCCGUGAUGUAAAACCCGCUCCGUCAUAUCCAGUUUAAUACGCAGAGGAGUCUCAAAGGCAUGUUAAACGGAGCUUUUUAAAAAAAAAAAGCUUGCGUGUGUCCGUCUUAGCGGCGCAGGUCACCUACCAAGUCUGCGCUCGCUACGAAAGACUCAUCUCGCAUCACAAAAUCACAGGUCGUCAUAGGACAAGUAGGCACAACACUGCUUGUUGCUGGUUAAAUAUUUAUUAAUGGUAGACUUGACUGUUACUGUAGCUUUGCAAAAACACACACGAUAAAAAAAAAAUAUGACUCGGAGUUGCCGCGGCUCCGCGGCGUCAUUAGUUAUCACAGUUUCAAUAUCGGGCUGAGGAAAUUUCUGCGCUCAGUAGAUAGUCCUCUAUUAACUAUUAAUGAUCUUUGAUGAUGUACUGUUAGCCAUUAUCCAGAUGAAUAUAAUGAAUGUAACUGAACAUCCCUUGGACCCUUUAGCUUUGUAGGAGACUGAGAAGGAGAGAGAGAGGCAGAGAGGACGGAGGAAUCCGCUCGUCCUUCCCUGCGGAUUGUUUUCCCCAGCCGCUAUGUCCCGUCCCACGAGGGCCCGCGUGACAGUGGAUUUGGUCUCAGGGCCACGGCGACGCAUUUCAGCCAAUGGCCCUUCAGUAACAUUUUACACCGCAACACGGUCACGUACGUCAACUCCGUCUCAGUGCCGUCCGGUAACAAACCGUAGACGAGAACGCACACAUAGACUCCUCGCGCUGUAUCGCCCGCAGAAGGAGCACAUUGAGAUCAGUGCACAUCCAUUCUGCAGACACCUCGGGACAUUAGCGAGGUUCAUCUAUCUAUAAAGGACGGAGCUGUGCCAAAGGGCAGAUUUCCGCUAAUACCUGCCUGCAGGGAUCAGACACACCAGGCCUUUAAACCUGAUGAAUGGGAGGUGUGUCUGUCAUAGCUGAUAAAGCUGUGCCCUCCAAACUCUUGUUCGACUCUCAGAUGUCUGAGACACUUCAGGGUGUGACUGUCUGUGUGUAAUUUCUUUUUUUUUUACCAGCUAUUAAAGAAAAAGCUGGGUCACGCACACAGGAUCCAGUCAGCGGUGCGUGGGAACAGCAGAGGGGUUAACGUCACAUCGUGUUUGAGGCAUUUGGCUCCGUCCUGUAAUCAUUCACGCCUUGCUCCGAAUGUGUAGACCCGGGCAGAACAAUCUGUUCACGCUGAUAAGAUGUACAGCUCAUGGAUGAGUUACAACUAGUCUAAGUUAUUGUUUACUCAGAGCAAAGCACCUCAAAGGCUUUUCUUUACAUUUCUGUACAUUGGACCAAAAAAUUAAAACUGCAGAGAGCACAAAAAACCUCAGUUUGUGAGGCUACAGUCAGCAGAGUACACACAGUAGCUUUCCUAACAUCAUAAAGCAUCUUUCCCGUAUGGAAAACGUCCAUUAGAACGCGGCCGUUAAUGACUCGGGCUCAUCUAAAAAAAAAAAUUUUAAAAAAUGUUCAGGUGUCACUGAAUGUAAUCCAGGGUUUUAUUGAAACAUUAACAGAGUCACUGAUGUCCUGUUAGGCGCCUGGAGCUGGCUGCGUUUCAGAUUCUCUCUUUUGAAAUUGAAGAAUACCGGCAAUAUCCCACAGCAGCAGAAACGUUAUUAACACAAGGUCGGCCGGCGCUAAAUUCUGUGCUCCCUUCCAACAGCGAUCGGUUAGCGCAGUCAUGAUUAUUCUAACUCUGUGUUUUUAUCCUCUUCGUUGGAGAUGAUGCGUUCCCAGUACAGCUGUGGUUCCCAACCUGGGUGGGCCAGAACUUGUCUGAUCUGAGCUCGCCUUCAGUUUUCAAGUGUUUCACCAGUCAUCGUUUUUUAACCAGUACUGUGUGUGGCUCCUUACAUGUAUGAUAUGCAGAGCUUAAAGUAUUUUAAGCAGAGUUCGUCUACCAAUGGAAUAGGAUUAACGCAGCUUUCCCUCUUCAAACUAACAUCACUAGCCAAUCAGAAGCAGGGUCGGGGUGGAUCUUGGAAAUCUUGGGAAAAAAUGACUACUUCCAAAAUAAAAAAUAGCUGCUGCACAUAUUUUAAUGUUAAGCAAACUAUAUAACAAACAUAUUUUUUCUCCUACAAGUUGAACCUUGACGUUACGUCAAUGCUAUUAUAUUGGAAACCUGAAAUUUCCGAGAUGGAAUAUAGAAUUUCCAUAUUUUCGCGAAGGCAUCAUCUAAGCCGGUGUUUGUCACUGUUGUUGGAAAGAUGGAGAGUUAAGUUAUGAAGCUAGGAGACUGUGUCCUGACUAAAAAACAAAGGACUUAUAAAUAGUCAAAAUAAUAACUAAUAUUAAAUGUUAAGAUGUAAAUUUUGCAAUUUACAGAUCUCCAAGGAAAAAAAGGUCGGGAACCACUGCAGUACGGGAGGAGCCAUGAGUGCGUUUAAAAUAAAUAUAAGAGAUGCAUCUAAAUAACUGCGGCAGCAAACUGCGGAAAAAUUAGCCGAGGACGACGCAGGGAGCAACGGUUGUGAUUUCAGUGCUCCCACUGGCGGUGCAAAUGCGACAGAAAAAAAAAAAAAAAAAAGCACUCGAACAUAUGCCGCAAUCAGGGUAGAUCCCCACUGAGCGGUAACCCUCAAGGAAAGCCUCCGUGGAGAUUGUGCGAUAAACAGCAGAUGUCUUCAGAAACCAACAUGUGUAGGCCUACUGAUUUCAUUUCAAAACAACCAAAAAAAUGACUAUUCAAUAUGAAGAAAUGGCGCCGAUCGCUGAGCAGAAAGCCUCUCCGCGGCCUCUCCAUCAUUGACAGGCCGGCUGCGUUGCUGCACAAUGAGUUCAGGGCAUUUAAACCAGGGCUUGACAAAUAAGGUGCCAUGUCGCGAAUUGACAUUAUUUGUGUCCACCGCGUUAGUUAUUCAGCAAUCACCGUAAGAUGAAUUGAGGUGUGCGGACUCUGAACUGUCACAAGGGAAAUUACUGUUUCUGCAUAUGUACAGUGCAGCUGAUGCGUUUUCUCUCAAUAGAAAUAAUAACAUGUGCGUGUCAUUACGCUCUCCUUUUUCUGCUGAGGCACCCGGCUCGUGCUCAGCAACAUAAACAGUUGAGACGUCAACCUGAAUUACCGGCAAAAAAAAAAACACGUUAUUCCACGUGCUGUAUUUGCACAGGUGCCGACUGUUGGCUCGAAACGGCAGCUUCCCCCUCGAAUGCUUUGCCAUCGGAGAUGACUUUAACCAGGACAAACCUAAUUCCCCAGCUCCAGACUUCUUCCCCUUCUCUCUUACAUACACAUACCACGACUGUUUCCUUGUUAAACUGAUUUUCUUCACGAUGGCAAAGCGAACGAGGAAACGAAGAUCGCCAUCUGUGCCUCGCCUCCUUCCCUCUCUCUCUCCGUGCUCCUCCCACUCAUCCCACAUUACGACAAAAGCACUCGCAUAGCGUUAAUUUCUCAAGUGUCUCCUUUUACCUUUUUAACCGACUCCCGGGGAGUCAUAAAUGCGCGACGUGUGCAUUCGGAGCACAUCGCUUUGUCACCAGGAAUUGACUGAUGCAGUUGGGGACCUCAAGUUGAAGGAUCUGAAGCGUCAGUUGAUGGAUAUGAAUGGACGGGGGGUCAAUGACCAGUAAUCACUCAGGCCAAAGUCGUACGCCGCAGGACGCGGCGCUUGAUUGAAUGCGAAGGCGUUAAAAGUGUGUGCUUUAAUUCUAAGCAAUUUCUGCCUAAUGACCAAAACCCAAUCGUGAAGAAUGUAUAAAUGAAUUAAACACGAAACAACAAAAGGAAAAUAGUUUCUGCUUCAGCCCGCCGAUCUCGAGCCAGAUCAGCGUUGCCAUGACAUUCAUCCCCCGUCUUAACCUCAUCCAGCGUUUCGCCCAUGUUAAUGUGACAUUUGUGCGAGAACCAGCGCCCCCUCGGCCACGGCCCCCCGGGGGGGGGGGGGGGGCGGAGGCAGACAUGCUGGGAAACCAAAGUGGAGGGAUGAGUUGCAAGUGGAAGGAGCGUGUCACAUGCAGGUGUCCCUUCUAAUCCCACGUGAGGCACUCGGGAGGGAGGGAGACUGACUGUGCGUGCA